AUGGCUGGUACUUACGACAAUGAAGAGCAAAGAAUGGUCGAUAGAAUUAAAUGCAUCGCUUUUCGUGACGCUCGCGAUGAAGGUGCAGCAUUUAUUAAUCGACAAUGGAUUGCACAGAAAAUUCAUCGAACUACUAGAUUUGUUACUGAGUGGUGGGAGAAAUCAUAUGAUGAAUGUUUUGCUGAUUAUUCGAAAUCUGGUCGUAAACUGAAGUUAUCAGAAGCGAGUAGAAAUAUCAUCUGAACGCCAGUGGCAAACAAGGGAAACGCUCUUAUAUUGUGGCGAAAGAAAUUGCAGAAAAGCAAAACGAAUGUGGUGUUCGAAAAACCAUCAAUAAUUAUCGUUCCAGAGAAAGACAAAAGCCUUUUCAUGUUAUUCCAAAACCGUUAAAAACAGAAACUCAUAUUUCUAAUCGAUUGUGAUUCUGCGAUUGGUUAAAAGACUGGACUAAAGAAGACUUUCUACACCUUGCGCCAUCAGAUGAAUUUUAUGUCUGGAUCGUUCGCAGACCAAAUUAUCAAAAUGAUCAAGUCGGGGCAAAAAGUAUUGAAGAUAUAGAAGACAAUGAAAGAUAUCGUGAAAUGGUUAAAAAUCAAGUGUGUAUUGGGAUUUUUGUGAUUUUUACUGCCAAAAAGUUACAUUGGGUUAUCAAAGACAAGCGUGAAUAUUGGACGGGCCAAUAUUUUCGUGACACAAUUCUAAUGCAACAUGUGAUACCAUUCCUAAAAAAUGAAGAAAAUGUUAUCGAUCCGGAUGAAGUAAUAUUUGUCCAUGACAAAGCACCAUGCAUGCGAGCAAAUAUGACUCAACAUUUGCUUCAAGACAACAACAUCAAAUUCUGGAGAAAUGACACUUGGCCCGGAAACUCGCCUGAUCUAAAUGUGGCUGAACAUAUUGGAACAGUAAUUAAAAAUGAAGUUGAAAAAAAAUGCUAUCAGAAACGGAACAUGAUCGUUAUCGAGGAGAAACUUUGAAGAAACACACUUCAGAUGUUUUGAAAAAUAUGGAAACGGAUAUUGAAUUAUUUGAAACUCUCUUAUGUUCGUAUCCGUCACGUCUCCGUGCUGUAAAGAAUGCUAACGGUCGUCAUACUGAUUAUUGAUUAUAUUCACUGAACUUUAAUAAAAAUAAAAAUUUCUUUGUCAUAUGUCAAUAUUUGAAAACAGAUCUAGUUUAAAUUGUCUCAUAACUCUAAUUUUCUGCGACAACACAGCAUAGUAUUUUUGAAAAUUGCUUCAACUUAAUAUAGAAAAGUUUCCAUAUCCCUUACUAUUUAGUACUGCUAAAUCCCGUUUUUGACGCGCUUUAAUUUGGUAUAAAAUUUGUUAUGAUUGCUAUUUAAAAUCAUAGCGUUACCCCCCUGGAAUAAUAUUUUUACCCACCUAGUAUUGGAAUGGAGUGAUGAAAAUCUGUUAAUGUAUAUCCCAUGCACCACAAAUUCAUUAAAAAGGUCAUUGAGAAACAUCGAUUUGACUUUCACCAAUUUCUCAGGAGUAAAAGAGGAGACAUUACUACUUGGAACUAGUGAUCAUUGGCCAUUAGUAUAUAGAUCAGAACUCCUCAUGUUUCAAACUAGUCAAAAAUUCUCUAUCACUAAAUGGAAAUAUUUCGAAGUGAUUUUAUGUUUGUUACAAGAUUAUUGGAUGAAACAGAGCGAUUUUAUGACAACAACUGAAUGGUAUAAAAGUUACAUUCGGGUCUUAGCAGCCUUAAAAAAUCGUCUCACGGUUUGGCACGGAAAAAAUAAAUGGAAACCAGCCUUGCCGCCGUCCAUACGUGGAAAAUUGAAUCAAUUACAUAAAAUUAGAAAUAGAUACUAGAGAUAUAGAAAUGACAACGACAGAGUAUGUCUUCGACAAAUGACAAGAGAAGUAAAAAAAGAAAUAUAUAUAUAUCGGUCGACCAGAUGGAAUGAUUUUUUAUUGAGUAUUCAACAAAACCAUGAUAAAUCAGAAUCAACCUUUUGGAAACACCUAUCCAACAUUUAUCGACCGAAUACAUUGCCUUUGUGCAAACUCAGGGUAAAAGAUAAAGUGGUCACCUCACAAUAUGAAAUAGCAAAAGAACUGCAUGAAUAUUACUCUACCCUAUUCACACCUCCUAUACUAAACCAGUCUGAUCUUUUUGAUACUCAAGUCGGAAAACAUUAUAACCACAUUUUAGACGAAUUGAAAUUAUGUAAUAAAAGUGUUGAAUUAACAUGUCCCUACGAACUCAAAAACAUGAUUAAUACUCUAAAACCGAAAAAAUCAGCAGGCUGGGAUGCCUCUCCAACUUUAUGAUUAAACGUCUACCCCUAUGCUACCUAAGAUGUUUAAGUAAAUGUUUUAAUGAAUGGCUCCAAAAAGGAAUUCUUAUAGAUGACUGGAAAAUAGCUAAAAUAAUAACCUUAAAUAAAGUAAAGUCCAGUACACCUCAUUGUGAUCAAACAAGGCCUAUUUCGCUUUUAGCAACUCAUUCAAAACUGUACGAAAAGAUUUUGUUAAAGCGUGUUAAAGUUUGGGCAGAAACUAACCAUAUAAUCCCAGAGGAGCAGUCAGGAUUCAGGAAAGGGUGUUUACUACAAACAAGAGUAUUAUCAAUCUAUCAGGAAGUAAAGAAUUAUCUUGCAGCCAACGUUCCUACUCUCAGUAUCUACGUAGACUAUAAGAAAGCAUAUGACCUUGUAUGGCAUGAAGGGCUUAUUGCGAAGCUGUACCG